AAAAUAUUUGGGACAAAUUUAUAUUUUUUUCACAUUUCAACUCACCAGAAUUAUACAUUAUACAUACAAAUAAUUGUUGUACGUAUAUAUAGCCGUGAAAAAAUAUGGCGAACAUUUUCCGGCGAGGCGCUGAUCGGUUGUGUAUGUUAAGAAACGCAUACUCGACUGACGCGUUGGUUAAAAACAAGCCUUCUCCUCCGCCCGACGUCGGAUUGAUCUCCGGUAUACCUGAACAACAGCUUUCCCGGCGGGUUGUCAUUUACUCGCCUGCUCGCACUGCAUCACAACAAGGAUCCGGCAAAGUUGGAAAAUGGAAAAUUAACUUUAUGUCUACACAAAAGUGGGAAAAUCCAUUGAUGGGCUGGACAUCCACUGGGGACCCAUAUGCUAAUGUUGGUGAUGCAGCACUAAGCUUUGACAGCAAAGAAGCAGCUAUGGCAUUUGCUGAGAAACAUGGUUGGGAAUAUGUGGUCAAGAAACAUCAUACACCUCUGCUGAAGAUGAAAUCGUAUGCAGACAAUUUCAAGUGGAAGGGUCCAGCAGGGAGCGAGGCAAACUAUUCAAAGCGAGAGAAGAAGCAGACACAGUAGUUCGUGUAAUCGAUAUACUGUCUGCCUGCUGUAGGAUUCUAAUAGUCCUCUAGAUCAAUAAAGUUCACAGGCUAAUGCUAUGUACUUGUGAAAACUGUAUCUCUCCCUGUAUUGACAGAUCAAAGUUUGCUAUCAUAUAAACUUCCCUGUGGAGUUGUAAAGAUCUUGAACCAAAUCAAGAACAUGAAACAUUCCAAGGCAGUAAUCAUAAGCAUA